GAAUAAAUAAACUUAAAAAAAAAAAGAGAGAGAAUAGAGGCCCACUGUAGCAGUGUGAAGGAUGCCACAAAUUCCAUUUGGAGGUGCCUCUGAGUUUGUGGAGUAGACACCAUGAGAAAAAGUCACCUGCCCAAGUUGAAAAAAUUUAUAGACAAUAAAUUAUCGUUGAAAUUAAAUGGCGGCAAACAUGUCCAGGAAAUACUGUGGGAGUUCAAUCCCUUUAUAAAUCUUGUGAUAGAUGAAUGUGUGGAGAUGGCAACUAGUGGGCAACAGAACAAUACCAGAAUGGUGAUAAUUCGAAGAAAUACUAUCAUCAUGUUAGAAACCUUGGCCUUGGAAUGGAGUAUAAACAAUAGCUGUGUUCACCAGAAGAAAUCAACUGUUUCCACGUGUCCCCUCUGCAUAGCACCUGUUUUACUACAAUAUAAAAAUCAGAUCAUGUGCAUUUUCAUACUGAACUUCUUUGUUAAAUAAACUUUUGUAAAUAGUCAAAAUAAAUAAAAAAGAAAGAGUAAAAUAUUAAUGAGUUAGCUUUUCUACUCAGGAAUUAUUUUUUUUUUAAAGAGCAAAAGACUUAAUUCAAAGAAAGUAGACAGGAUAAUAAAAAUAA